AUGAUUGUGGGCACGGUGCUGUUCCAGCCCAGCUAUGGCAAAGAGAACAAACUGCUCUGCUGCCUUGGCAACGAUGCCUCUGAGCCUGCGGGGUCGAGCUUCACAGAGGCCCUGCACCGCCCCUAUGGUUGCGACGUUGAACCCCAGGCACUGAACGAAGCCAUUAGGUGGAGCUCCAAGGAGAACCUGCUGGGAGCCACUGAGAGCGAUCCCAACCUCUUUGUUGCACUUUACGACUUUGUAGCAAGCGGUGACAACACACUCAGCAUCACCAAAGGUGAGAAGUUGCGAGUCCUGGGUUACAACCAGAAUGGUGAAUGGAGUGAGGUACGUUCGAAGAAUGGGCAGGGCUGGGUACCAAGCAACUACAUCACACCAGUGAACAGCCUGGAGAAGCACUCGUGGUAUCACGGGCCGGUGUCACGCAGCGCAGCAGAGUAUCUGUUGAGCAGCCUCAUCAAUGGCAGCUUCCUGGUUCGUGAGAGCGAGAGCAGCCCAGGGCAGCUGUCCAUCUCGCUCAGGUACGAGGGCCGUGUUUACCACUACAGGAUCAACACCACCUCCGAUGGAAAGGUGUACGUGACAGCAGAAAGCCGUUUCAGCACGCUAGCAGAACUAGUGCACCAUCACUCCACGGUAGCAGAUGGAUUGGUGACGACUCUGCAUUACCCAGCACCCAAGUGCAAUAAGCCCACUGUGUAUGGAGUGUCCCCCAUCCACGACAAGUGGGAGAUGGAGCGGACUGACAUCACCAUGAAGCACAAACUCGGGGGAGGGCAGUACGGCGAGGUGUAUGUUGGUGUCUGGAAGAAAUACAACCUCACUGUGGCUGUGAAAACAUUAAAGGAAGAUACCAUGGAGGUGGAAGAGUUCUUGAAAGAAGCUGCUGUGAUGAAGGAAAUCAAGCACCCAAAUCUAGUGCAGUUAUUAGGUGUGUGUACCCUGGAGCCCCCCUUUUACAUCGUGACAGAGUACAUGCCAUAUGGGAACCUGCUUGACUAUUUACGGGAGUGCAACCGGGAGGAAGUGAGUGCUGUUGUGCUGCUCUACAUGGCCACUCAGAUAUCCUCUGCCAUGGAGUACCUGGAGAAGAAGAACUUCAUUCACAGGGACCUGGCAGCACGGAACUGCUUAGUUGGAGAAAACCACGUGGUGAAGGUGGCUGACUUUGGCUUAAGCAGGCUGAUGACUGGAGAUACCUACACAGCUCACGCUGGAGCCAAGUUCCCAAUCAAGUGGACUGCUCCUGAGAGCCUGGCCUAUAACACCUUUUCCAUCAAAUCAGAUGUGUGGGCCUUUGGGGUGCUGUUAUGGGAAAUUGCUACCUAUGGGAUGUCACCGUACCCAGGCAUUGAUCUCUCUCAGGUGUAUGAUCUGCUGGAAAAGGGCUACCGGAUGGAACAACCGGAGGGAUGCCCUCCAAAGGUUUAUGAACUGAUGAGGGCCUGUUGGAAGUGGAACCCACCAGACCGACCUUCCUUUGCUGAGACCCACCAGGCUUUUGAAACCAUGUUCCACGACUCGAGCAUCUCGGAGGAGGUAGCAGAGGAGCUUGGAAGAACAGCCUCCUCCUCAUCCAUUGUUCCUUACCUGCCCCGGUUGCCCAUGCUUCCCUCCAAGACAAGAACACUGAAGAAACAGGCAGAGAACAAGGAGAACAUUGAAGGAACACAGGAUACCCUGGAGCAUUCAGCAUCCAGCUCCGCACCAGGUUUAAUCAGAAGCACACAGCCAACAAGUGGGUCUCCCGCACUGCCUCACAAGCAGAGGGACAAGUCACCCAGCAGCCUGCUGGAGGAUGCCAAAGAGACCACUUUCACCAGGGACAGAAAAGGCGGCUUCUUCAGCUCCUUCAUGAAGAAGAGGAAUGCUCCCACACCUCCCAAGCGCAGUAGCUCCUUCCGGGAGAUGGAGAAUCAGCCCCACAAGAAAUACGAGUUAACGGGUAACUUCUCAUCUGUUGCUUCCUUGCAGCACGUGGAUGGGUUCGCUUUUGCUCCCACACAGCAGGACGCAAACCUGGCACCACCCAAGUGCUACGGUGGGGGCUUUGUGCAGAGGACCUUCUACAAUGAUGAUGGCACUGGUACCAGCAGCGGUGGGGGUGUGAGCACUGGUGGGGGGUGGUCUGGCAUCACAGGUUUCUUUACACCGCGCCUGAUUAAAAAGACGCUGGGUCUACGACCAGGAAAGCCCGCUGGCAAUGAAGAAGCAUCAAAGCCUUUUCCGAGGUCGAACUCUACAUCUUCCAUGUCCUCAGGGCUUCCAGAGCAGGAUAGAAUGGCAAUGACCCUUCCCAGGAAUUCCCAGAGGUCAAAAAUCCAGCUGGAACGGACAGUGUCCACCUCCUCUCAGCCUGAUGAGAACACAGGGAGGGCAAAUGACCUGCUGCCCAAAAGGUUUGAAGAAGGUUCUGCUUUGACCAGAGAAAGACCAAAAGCAAAACUCUUGCCAAGGGGUGCCACAGCUCUCCCUUUCCGAACCCCAUCGAGUUCAGAGGAAAAGGAGAUGCCAGGGCUAGCAGCAACUCUUAAAAGCAAAGAAAAGAACAGCGGCCCUCGGCAAGGGGCCCUCGAGGAUGGCGAGAGACCAGGGUGGUCCUCUCCAGUAAAGGCUGCAGCAAUACUUCCAACCACUCACAACCACAAAGUGCCAGUCCUAAUCUCACCCACUCUAAAACACACUCCAGCAGAUGUGCAGCUCAUUGGCACAGACUCUCAGGGUAAUAAAUUUAAGCUCUUAUCUGAGCAUCAGGUCACUUCUUCCGGCGACAGGGACCGGCCCAGACGGGUAAAACCAAAGUGUGCUCCACCUCCACCACCAGUGAUGAGGCUCCUACAGCAGCCAGCCGCCUGCUCGGAUGCAGCAGAAGAGCUCAGCAACGCGGCGGGAGCGCAGCACGGGCUGGAGUCAGGGGAAGGGAGUAAGAAGGCAGCAGCAGCACCUGUCGGUGGGAAAUCCGGGAGGCCCAUGGUGCCUCCACCUCAAGUGCCUCUGUCGUCGUCUUCCACCUCCCCAGUGAAAAUGGCCAAUGGCACAGCUGGCGCAAAGAUAGCGUUAAGAAAGACCAAACAGGCAACUGAGAAAAUCCCAGCAGAUAAAAUCAGCAAGGAAGCAUUGCUGGAGUGCGCCGAUCUUCUCUCGAGUGCCAUCGCUGAGCCAACACCAAACAGCCAGCUGGUGGACACAGGGCAUCAGCUGUUGGAUUACUGCUCAGGCUACGUGGACUGCAUUCCGCAUACACGCAACAAAUUUGCCUUCCGGGAAGCCGUGAGCAAACUGGAACUCAGCCUGCAGGAACUGCAGGUGUCCUCAACAGCUGCUAGCAUCCCUGGGGCAAACCCCGUCCUUAAUAACUUAUUGUCGUGCGUCCAAGAAAUCAGCGAUGUGGUGCAAAGGUAGCUACUGUCAAUCUGGGUAAGAGAAAUACACGUGGGGUGGGGGGGACUCUUUUCUGUACUGAUGCUUUCAAAAGGAAAGACUGAUACUUGAGUAUGUGAAGUACCUCAGAUCACUGAGUUCUCACGUUUACAAGUUCAUCUCAGAAAAUGGGGAUGGAGAGGGUAGAUUCAAGCUGUAAGGGGCAGAACAUCAAGUAUUUGUCCCUACCUUGCCGGUCUGAUCUGCUCAGUUUGGCAAGGCAAGGAAGAUCCUUGCUCCUCCCUUUGACAGACAGGAGAAUCGAUGGCAGGUUCUCGCUCUGGGAAGGACGGUCUGGCAGCCAGAGUACUGGAGUGGCUGCCGGCCCCUUGGCUGUACAGAUGCACCCCAUCAGCACUAACACACGCUUUUGGGCUCCUGACAAGGCGAGGAAGGGCCCCGGGGCUCUGCUGGUACCAGCUGCUGAGCAGUCCUGGCUGGGCAGCUCUGAAGGAGCAGGCUGUGUGCAGCUGGGGGCAGGUCUAAUGCACUGACAGUAUUCAGAGCUGCUGGAGGUGGAUGCACUAGCCUCAGUGGCUUACUUCCACAGUGCUGUUGCUGCUGUAAUGAGAACUGCAAAGUUAGUUAAUAUAUGAAAUUAUCCCUUUUCCCUCCUGUCCACCUCAUCUUCCACAUGUUCUCGUCUUCAUUGUAGCUGAGGCAUCAGGAAUGCUGGGCAGACUUACCACUGGAAUUACCCCCUUCCCACCAUACUGCCUUCACACAGUUGAUUCCUAUUUCUAGUGGUCUAGCAUGAGUGCUGCUUGAUGGUCGUUGGUUGUUGUGAGUAGUUUGGGGCUCUUACAGAACUUGCCAGUGUUAAUGGGACGGGGUGGGGUGUUUUUUGUUUUUUUUCAAAGCUCUAGGUUGUUUUUAACUCCUGUUACCAGGUUGACUCCCCAGUUCAGUUUCAGCACCUUGAGGCCCAGGGGAGGCAAGGCAGAACCUCUGCCACCAGCAGCCCCUGGCUGCAAUCAGCAGGCAGUGCUGGAGCCAGGAGAACAGCUUGGCCUGCCUGCAGGUCUCCCCGCACCGCUCCCUCCUCCUGACACAGCACAACCACAUCACAGCGCUUUCUGGGAUUUGUUGCUUACCAAUCUUGCAGGCUUCCACUAUCUGGGAGCGUGAAGGUGACUAUGUAUGUCAACACGAGUCACAGCCCUCUUUUUUUAGUUUAUGUAUUUUGACAACUGGACCAGAAUCUUCUGCUGUGUAAACUGCAUUCUGCCUGAAACGUGACAGAAGCGUUAGGGCUUCUUGGAGAGCUCCCACUAUGGUAUGGUCUCUGCUGGUCUACUGACAAUCCCAGAAGGCAGGCAGUCAUGUGGCUGGUCUCCUUCCAUCCUGGUGCUGUUGGUUGACUGUUAUGGCCUCAAAAAGCUGGUGUUCUGUGCAUGUGCACAGCUCCCUGAGAGUUAAAGGACUGGCAAGUACAGAGACCUCAACUACUUGCUGGUUAGAGAGAAGAAGCAAACAGGCCUGAUACCUGCAUCCAAAUACCCGUUACCCUGCAUGCUGCUGCUCACUUCACACUGUUUGUGAUGACACAGGAUCUGGCUUGCUUUGCACCUUAAAUCUUUUUUUUUUUUUUUUUUUUUUUUUUUUUUUCUAAAAUGCUUUUAUAACUUGUUUUUAAAGCGUGACUGUGCUGCUUUUAGGUUGAGCAUUUAGAGUUGAGCUGGAGCACAGGUGUGAAUUCAGAUGGUCGGCACUCAGGCAUUCCUUGUCUGCCUCCAAGCAUUGCCCUGUUGGUGCUCAGAAGCAGGCUGGACCUCUUGGCUCAUGCCACUGUUGUUUCCAUGGAGCAAGGUGAGGUGUGGCCUGAACCAUUCUUAGUAAUGUGCCCGUGUCUGAGAAUCCUCAUAUUAUUGACUAGUCUGUGGUAGAUAAAGUUGUGUGUCACGCUGCAUGAAUGUGCACCAGUGGAGCAGUAUGCGAGGUGAAAUGGACCACGUGUGCUUCACUGUCAAAGUGGGUGAGAUAAUGAAAAAAACCAAACAGUCCUUCCACCCCAUUCAGUAGGUGUUAAGGUGAAUGAAUCGUUCCUACAAGUCGGCAAGCUGAUCCCUUUGUGGGUUAGUCAUCCUUACCUCGUGGCACCAAGCCCACCUGGAAGAGCCUGCUGUCUCAUUCUGUGAGAUUUCCAGCUUGUCCAGGAUCUACUCUGGGUCUUGCACUUCAGCUGCAGGUCCCUGGGGCAGUUAUUCAGCAGGAAGGCAGAGCACCUAACAGUUAUCUUGUAGACUUUACUGAGGGCUUUUGUGGUUUACCUUAUCUGCUUCAGUCAUCUUUAUUGAACAUGUGCAUCACUGCACACCAAAUUAGCUGCCUUUGGAAAGCUGACCCGUAAAGGGAAAAAAUCUUAAGGCGUUGCUUCACGUUGCCUUCUUAACAAUCAGGAGGAGUGCAAGGGUAUGAGAGCUUUCUUGGUGUCAGAAAGGCUGGUCCUGUUUGCCCUGCAGACAAUCGUGUGGUUUCAUCACUGUACUGCUUUUCAGCCCAGUAAAAGCCGACUGGAACUGAAGUGGUUAUUCUCAGGGGAAAGGUAUUUUAACCAGAACGUUUUAAAAGUGUUAUUCCAGUUCUGCUGAGUAUUUUAAAAGAAGCUUUUUAAAAUUUAUUUUUUCCUGAAUGUAGGUCUUCCAGAAAAGCUCCUGCAAAAGUGAUAGAAUAGCAAACAAUUCCUGGAAUUUUUAAUUAAUAGAACACACCCCUUUCCACUCUUUCAUACCCUGCUUAAGAAACAAACUGUGCCCCUGCAAAGGGCUGGCUACCCUGCCCAUGUCUGCUUUCUUUGAGUGCCGCCUGUUUUUCCUCCCCCCCAGAGGUAGCUGGCAGGGACACAGCUGUGGGCAGUUAGAAGAAGCAGAAUUCACCUGCUCUCCCAGGAUCACAAACGGUUGAGGCAGCUUCUCUCCCACCACUAUUACAGGUCCUUUCCCUCUGCUAGAUUUGCCUUUCUGUUCAGCCUUAAAGGUCUCAACCGUAGCAGCUUCUCUGCUUUCAGCUUUGCACACAGUCUGUGUCAAGUACUGUACGGAUGGCAAAGCCCCGUUACUUCUUCCAGUGAAGAGCAUCUCUUGCUCCAGCCUUUGUGGAUAAGACAACCUCCUCUUGUGUUUCCUUUCUUCACUGCUGUGAGAAGGCCUCGUGUGGUAAAGAUGCAAAUGCAGCUGGGCUCUCCAACUUGCACUACUAUGGCCUAGAAUUGAAGGCAGUCAUCUUUGCAGCAGGGGUGGCAAACCGUAGGGACCUGGUGAUGGCAAGCUCAGAGCCCAGAGCAAGGCAGUGGGGGGAAUUUCUCUCCCUAGCUCCCAGGGGAGCAGCCGACCCGCAGGUGCAGCUUUCUGCACUGUAUGCCCUUCUUAACCCUGGGCGCAGUGCACUUGGCUGGCUGGGUUGGCAGCACACUACUGGCUGGCUGUUCUUCUCACCAGUGCUGGCAGGACUGAAUUAAAAGCUUUGGUUUUAGGACUGCAUCAAACAGCUGGGAGAGCAGAGCUAAACAGAGCAGCACUCCUGAUGCAGAACACGGGGCUGUUCUCUCUGUUCCUUAUCCUCACAGAAGAGGCUUCUCCUGAGCACCACUGGCCCAGUGUCAGCAAGGAGCAGCUGGUGUAAGUGGCCCGUGGGCCCUGGGGUACUCUCAGGCCCGGAGCUUAGAACAAACCCUCAGCCUGUUCCCUGGUGGGAGGAAGUGACAGCUUCUGGGACGUAUCUGCAGUACCUGCAGAGUGAGAUAUACCUGUACCAAAGGAGGUCAUCUUCCCAGCACGGCUGCUGUGCACGAGGGUGUAGAGCCCGCUCAGCAUGGCAUGCUGUGGGCAUCAGUACUGAACUCACAGAGGGCAGGAAUGGAUUAAAAUCAAACACAUUAAUCACCAAUCACUCUACAGUGUUGUCAACUGUUUUGUUUUUAAUUGUUAUUGUAAUAUAUUUUGGUUGUUUUUCUAAUUUAAUUCUCUCACUAUCGUCUGACUGUGAACUGCGAACAGUGUUAAACUUGAUGUAAAUAAGGCCCUCAGAAGGGCCUCUUUGCCUGUCGUUCCACAAAGUUUUGCCAAUUUGCAUUUUGUUUUAAAUAAAGGUUGCAAUAUUUUAUUGGCAA